CUAAACCAUAAAAUGUCAGACUCAAGAACGUCGCGGUUCACACCGCAGAACAAAACCACCAACGAACGACUCUCCACGCAUACGGUCGGUCUCGUUGCCCUCUCCGAUUUUCGCAAACGACGCGCCGAAGUCCUUGAACAACAGGAGCGCGAAUCUCGAGAAGCUGCGUUUUCAGGCACGUCCACUCCGGAUGCUUCCUUGACAGGCACUCCUGACAACGCUGGCAGUGAUACAGGAAGUGGCGCGCAACCAUUGAAGAAGAAGAAAAAGAAGCAAGAGAAGAAGCUGCUGUCGUUUGACGAUGAAGAGGGUGAGGAUGAGGGACCAUUGAUAAAACCGACAAAGGCCAAGAAGUCCGGCGCAGUCGAUACCGAAGGCAAUGAAGGCGAGGUCAAGACCAAAUUCAAGGCAAAUGCUUCGGUGGGUAUAGUACCCAAAGCCAUGACGAAAGCUGCAUUGCGCAAGGAAGCCGCUGAACGAGACGCAUUACGUCGCGAAUUCUUGGCUAUCCAAGCAGCCGUCAAAGCGACCGAGAUUGCGCUACCUUUUGUAUUCUAUGACGGGACUAAUAUUCCUGGUGGAAUCGUCAGAUUGAAGAAGGGCGACUUUAUAUGGGUGUUCCUCGAUAAAAGUCGCAAAGUUGGCGCCGAUUUGGGCGUGGGUGAAAAGUCCAAUGCAAGGAGGGAAUGGGCUAGAGUUGGAGUGGACGAUUUGAUGCUUGUUCGCGGAACAGUCAUUAUACCUCACCAUUAUGACUUCUACUUUUUCGCCAUGAACAAGACACCCGGUCCUGAUGGCGAGCCUGUAUUUAAGUACAGUGCGGAACCUCCUCGAAAACCCGAAUCGAGCGAUAGUGCCGAACCCAUUGAUCCUCUCGUCACGCCCGCCUCUAAGGCUGCUGUUGCAGACGCGCUUCCCGAUAUUAACACCCUUGAGGGCGCUGACGAAGAUCCCACUCUUACUAAGGUUGUUGAUAGGCGGUGGUACGAGAAGAACAAACAUAUCUUUCCUGCGAGUAUGUGGCAGGAGUUUGACCCCGAGAAGGACUACGGGAAGGAGGUGAGGAAGGAUGCUGGUGGUAAUACGUUCUUCUUCUCGCGCUGAGAUGGUGCUGUCGACUGUCACAAAACAUCGAUAUGUGCUUGGAAGUGGGUUGUGGCGGCUCCUUGGGCGUUGGAUAUAUCACGAGUGGAUCACCUUUUGAGUUUGGCUGAGAGGUCACAGAUACACUCAAAACGCGUGGGAAAAGCUUCAACCGAAGAGCAUCCAGCCUGCCCAGCACGCGCCU